AUGCGAAGAUGGGCGAUACUUUCAGCAGGUCUGAGGUACCCGUCCUUGGUCUCGACGGCCCAUGGCAACUUGUUUGGGCAUGGCAAUAGCAAACUGGGGCUCCGAUGGCUCUCAUAUCACAGUGACCCCAGCCCCUCCACCUCCCGCUCGUCCCGCUCGCUUUAUCAACCCAGAGUCACUCGGAACCGAUGCUACCGUUUUCACCGUUCGCGAAUCAUGAAAUGGGAGCCCAGACGAGCCUUCUCUGGCUCACCGCGUGCGCAAAUCAUCAUAAUCGACGACGAAGAGGAGGUAGAAGCACCUUCCCCACCCCAAAUUCACCAACCAAGUCUGAAUAGACCCCGGGCUGCACUUCGAAAUAUGAACGACUUGAUCCGGACACGUGAACUCAGAGCAAAACAACGAGCCAGUCAACCUCUUGACCGCAAAAAGAUCCAUGAGAUUGAAAAGAAGGCUCGUGUGCUGAACGAUGUCUACCCAUUGGGUGAUGAGUUUCUACAACUGAAGUACGCUCACGUUGAGCAUUGCCUCUCUCAAUCUGCCAAGGCUAUCGCAGAGACGCGACUCCAGUACUACACCCUCCUUUCCUCAUACGUUUCAUAUUUGGAAGAUCGCCUGGGGCAGAUGCAACAGCGCUGUCGGUAUCUGGAGCACGAGUAUUGCAAGAUCGCGUUCCGACAGAUUGGACAUCUGAAGCAAGAACUGUCCAUUUCGGAUAGAGAUAUCCUUAAAUUGAAGAUCGAAGUAUUUUCCCAAUCUUUACACAUCUCGGAGCAACUCAUCAAGAAUCUGCGUGCCCAUCUCGACAAGGAGUAUUUGCAAGCUCGGAACUCUGCCAGGACGCGAAUCGAUCAGAUCCUUGCCCAUGCAGAGAUCGUAGCCAAUCAAUACAGUGAAUUACAGACCAAGUCUACAACCGUGUCUAAUGGGCUUGGCACGAUUAUGGCGCUCUUGCAAACACUUGUGUCUCUGGAUUCGCGGAAAGAGUCCCCUUACAAACCCUUUCUAGAUGCGACCGAUUCAAUUGCCAAUAUUUUUUCUAGAGUGUCACACCUGCACCGUUGGAGAUGGCGCCUGUCGAGAAGACAUGAGAAUCCGCUCGGUGGGGCAUUUUUGCUCGAAUUUUCAAACCGUGUUGGGUCUGACACACCAUCAUCAGGAGCAAUGUUGCCAUCCAAGGCCCUAUCAGCCCUCAUGUUUGAUGAUAGAGCUCACCGGGAGACCAGAGCCCUCAUGGAAAAGGGAGGGCGCCGGGUUGCUGAUCUCCUACGCAGACCAUAUUUGCAGAAGUGGAAAGGGCCGAAGCCAAGCCAGUCCACUGAAAUCAACCGGUACUGGCGACAGCUCGACAUGCUUGCGCCCUUUGAUAUACAAAGAAUGUACCACGCACGACUCUCGAAAGAUCUUAUGUAUUUGACGUCGACAUUCCACGGAGCGUUCGGACCCAUGUGGGAAAGUCUUGACGAUCCAACUCGUAAAGCUCAUCAGACUCGAUUGAACGACUGGCAUAAGAUCUACAAAAAACAGCAAAAAGACUUCCUAACAGAACUAGAAUUGUACAGGUACAUCGACUGGUAUCGACUCGGAGUUGAGGAAAGGUUGGCGAAGCUGGGUGUGCCGAAUCUGAUUCAAGCUCAAGGGCUGUUCGUCCCGAGCGAGCCUUUGAGCCAAGAUAUCCGGCGCUUUCACCGGUGGAUUGACAAGAUGGCAGAUCUCAGUUUCCAGGGUUGGGUAUCAGAGACUGCCUUCCGAUUACUCAAAGAGCCCAAGGGCCCGGAGAAAUGGUUACAAUUGACGAAGAAGUUCCAUGAACACACAGCCGGAAGAAAAUCUCAGAUCCUGGAUUUGGGCACAGUGAGGGUCCGUCGGAGGGGUGUCUCGCAGAAGAGAGCCAAACUUUCACGCCUUUCGAAAUCCAAGAAGAAUGUGCGACACAAACCUGCACGGAGAGUGCGCUCCAAGCCUGCUGCUGGUCGGCCGUCCACGAAAGAGAUCCCCAAACUUCGCGAGAAGCCCAAAAGCGAGCGCCCUUCCAAGUCUUUGAGCGCGAAAUCGGAUGAGAAGAAUACUCAAGCUCCACAGCCUAAACCGCAAAAGAACGCCAGUUCUUGGAAACGAAGGGCCGCUCGGAGCAGGCUAGGACCCACUGCCGUUUGGGAUUUUCUGGGUCCAGCAAAAGAGUUUCAACCCAAGCCAGCGCCCGUGGAUGCAAAGACUCGAUUUCGACAGGCAAUGUCGAUGAAGAGUGAAUUCGAAUCUCAUCGCACACCUGACAAGCCCAAGACGACGAAGAGUGAGGCAACACGACCGCCAACAAUAAAGUCUGUUUUUGCACCGGGUUGGAAGGAUAAGCUUAUGAAAAUUGAGCGGCCUCGGGAGUCAGCGAACGUCAAGCGUGAUACGUCGGCAAAAAGCGUGCCUCCUCUAGGAGGGAAACAACUCAAGAGCACGAAGCGCAACUUUUGGGAUCCAAAUCCUGUUGCUAGUCCUAGUAGUAUUUUCCAAAGGCCUAAGGGAAGACCCUACAGCACUGGCUCGAUCGUGUCCAGCAACCAUACUCUUGAUUGCAAUCACGACACUUUGCCCGGGACGACGCCGCGUUAUGCUGUCCGGCCUACGGACACGGAUGUCGAGCUCCCCAUCUCAGCCGAAGACGCAUACCAUCUCGAGGUAGACUCUACCUCAAGUGAGGAAGCCCCACUGUUCUGGAGUCACAGCGACCAGCAAUCUCCCAGUGGCGAAAGACCAAUAGUGCACUACUGUAAAUCCCUGGAGAGCACCGAAACAGUCGCACGGCAUUUUCUCAAUAGCAAAGUUGUCGGAUUUGACAUGGAGUGGAAAGCCCAGGCGUCUGCCUUGGACAGCAUCCAGAAUAAUCUGUCUUUGAUUCAGAUUGCAAACGAAGAGCGCAUUGCCCUCUUCCAGAUCGCUAUGUUCAAGCCUGCUCGUUCGCUAGAGGACUUUGUCGCACCCUCUCUCAAACGCAUUAUCGAGUCUCCAGAUAUCACCAAAGUAGGCGUCUCUAUCAAAGCGGAUUCGACCCGGCUACGCAAGUACCUCGGCGUCGAGGCCAAAUCUAUCUUCGAGCUGAGCCAUCUGUACAAACUGGUGAAAUAUGGACAGACACAGCCGAAACUUGUCAACAAGAGGACUGUGAACCUGAGUGAGCAAGUCGAGGAGCAUUUGGGCUUACCGCUUGAGAAGAGCGAGGAUGUACGGUGUGGUGAUUGGGCGCGAUCGUUGAACUACCGCCAGGUCCAAUAUGCCGCCACGGAUCCAUAUGCCUGCGUCUGUCUGUUCAACGUCAUGGAGCAGAAGAGGCAAGCCAUGAACCCUGUCCCACCUCGGCCCGCACACGCGGAACUCAACUUGCCGAUUAUCUGUCCGACUGGAGAAGCUGUGAAUGUUGAGGAUAGGGAUGUUGGCCCUGGUUUAGUCGAUGGCGCUGUGAUUGACCGCUCAUGA